GGCCCCCGGGGGCCCCCCUCCCAGCGGAGAAGCAGCAGCAGCAGCAGCAGCAGCAGCAGCAGCAGCAGCAGCAGCAGCAGCAGCAGCGCGUCGGGGGGCCCCUGCUGCUGCCGAGGCCGGUGAAUCUUGGGGGCCCCCCGCCGCUGCCGGGGCCCCCUGGGGGCCCCCCGAGGCCCCCUGGGGGCCCCCCGGGGUCCCCGAAGGAGCGGGGGGGCCCCCCGGGGGCCCCCGAGGCGCGGGGGGGCCCCCCGGGGGCCCCCGAGGAGCUGGGGGGCCCCCCGGGGGCCCCUCUUUGGGGUUUUUGGAGGCAGCCCACCACCAGCAGCAGCAGCAGCAGCAGCAGCAGCAGCAGCAGCAGCAGCAGCAGCGGCGGCGGCGGGGGGGGGAACAACGUGCUGCUGCUGCUGGACAUUCAUUCCCACUCUUCGAAGGAAGACAUCUUCAUCUACGCAAAUGCUGCUGAUAUGCCCCUAGCCCCCGAGGGGGCCCCCGCGUUUGAGGGUUCAGAGGCGUGCACUGCGAAGAUUCAAAAGUGCAAAGAAGGCACUGGAAGAGUUGUAGGGUUUAGAGAAUUGGGAAUUACUUCUUCCUACACUUUGGAGGUUUCGAGUUUUGGCCACGGGGACCCAAACCCUAGGGCCUGGCUCAGCGCCUUCGGCCCCGAGAUAGCCAAACGGAGGCCCUCUCUUCCUACAGAAGACAGCGAAGUGACGGGGGCCCCCAGGGUUUCCAAGGAGGGGCCCCAAGGAAGACCCUCAAUCACAAGCAAAAGCCCUUCUGCUGCUGCUUCGGGCCUUGAGGAAGUAAACCACAGGGGCCCCCAAACCCCUUUGGGGGCCCCUGGACAAGGAGGGGGGCCCCCCACCCCAGAAGACCAGCUGCCCAGGGGGCCCCCUAGCAGCAGCAGCAGCGGGGCCCCUGCGGGGGCCCCAGGGUCUCCGGGGGCCCCCGGGGCCCCGGGGGCCCCCGGGCCCCCGGGGGCCCCCGGGGCCCCCGGGGGGCCCCCUGGGGGGCCCCCCGCGCUGCAGUACUUUGAUGCAGGGUCUUUGCUGCUGGCUGGAGUGUCUGUGGGCUUGGCCCUUCAUGACUGGGCGCUGCAGCUGCUGUGGGGGGCCCCCUUCCUGCUGCAGCCGGGGGGCCCCCCAGCAGCAGCAGCAGCAGCAGCAGCAGCAGCAGCAGGAGGAGAAGGGGGGGCCCCCCACUCCUGCCUGCGGUGUGCGCUGCUGCAGACGGGGGCCCCCCUCCCCGCAGCCCCCCCCAGUACCCUCCCGAGGCCCCAGGGGGCCCCCAAGAAAAGGGGGGCCUCCAGAAGGAGACAGGGUUCAGCUGUACCCUCCAGGGGCGACGAGGGGGCCCCCACAGCCAAGAUUAGGGGCCCCGGGGGCCCCGGGGGCCCCCGGGGGGCCCCCCUAACCCGCGAGGCUUCCCUGAGAAAGUUGACCCUGGGCUUCCCUUCUGCAGAGGGGCCCCCCUUAGAAGGGGCAGGCAGCAGCUAUUUCCUGAGUGUGGAGGAAGCAGCAAGAACAGCAACAAAUGCUGUUUGCAAUUCCCUUAGGUACUUCGCAGCAAAAGAGUCUGCUGCUGCUGCUGCUGCUGCUGCUGCUGCUGCUGCUGCAGGGGAGGGGGCCCCUGCAGAGGGGCCCCCAGCCAGGGGCCCACGGGGGCCCCCAAGGGCACAAGAUGGCUUUGUGCUGCUUGACCCACAAGAGCUGCUGGGGGCCCCCCGGGGGCCCCCCCAGCACUGUGUCUCCUCGCGAAGAGACAAGAGCAAUGGGGGGGCCCCCAAGCUGCCAAAAAGAAGGGCUUCAGCAGCAGCAGCAGCAACAGCAGCAGCAGCAGCAGCAGCAGCAGCAGCAGCAGCAGCAGCAGGGGGCCCUAGGGGUACGCGCUCAGCAGAAAGGCUGGGGUCCCCAGUGACUCUGGAGCCUCCAGGGCCCCCAGAGCCCCGGGGGCCCCCAGGGUCACCCCCAGGGGGGCCCCCAGGGGCCCCUCAGGGGGGCCCCCAGGGGGGCCCCCGGGGCCCCAAAAAUGGGCCUCGGGGCCCCAAGGGAGGCAGCAAAAGGGCAGCAGCCCCGCCGCUACGGCAGCUAGCCACAGCAGCACUGAGGGGCCCCCCUAGCAGCAGCUGCAGCAGCGCGGGGGGCCCCCCCAUGAGGGGCCCCUCUCUGGGGGGCCCCCCCUUGGGGGGCCCCUCCAGGGGCCCCCGCAUGUGCUGCCAAAGUGAAACUCUAGGACCCCAAAUUGUUGCCACAGCACUUCAGGGGGGCCCCCAGGGGCCCCCCAACGCUUUAGAAGAAGCCCCCAGCUACUCACAGGGGCCCCUGGCAGAGACAGAGGGGGGCCCCCCAAGAGGGGCCCCACAGAGGGGCCCCCCUAGAGGGCCUCAGGAGGCUCGUCAAGCAGCAGCAGCAGCAGCAGCAGCAGCGGAGGCAGCAGCAGCAGCAGCAGCAGCAGCAGCGGGGGCAGCAGAGGCAGAGCCUCCUCUGCAGGCGCAGCAGCAUGACACCCAAAAGAGGGCCUCCUGGGGGCCCCCCGGGGGCCCCCUGGGGGCCCCCUGUAGGGGCCCCCUGUACCCUGGGUGGGCCCUUAGCCGUAUAAGAGCUGUUGCUGCUCAAGUAAAUGAAGAAAGACUGGGGCCCCUUUUAUUCCAGGCCGACGCCCUUGGGGGCCCCCCGAGGCCCCUUCAGAGGGCCCCUCUGGGGCUAGGGGGCCCCUCAAGCAACGCAGCGAUGAUGGGGGCCCCUGCAGCAGCAGCAAAGAGCCUCAAGAGGUGGGGGUUUCAGGGGGUACUGCCCCACCGAUCACCUAAAGCCCCUAGGGGCCCCCUGGGGGCCCCGGGGGCCCCCGGGGCCCCUGGGGCCCCCGGGGCCCCCGGGUCACCUGGGGGCCCCCUGGUGGCUGCUGGGGUAUGGGGCGAGGCAGGGGGGGCCCCCGAAGGGGCCCCCGGGGGGCCCCUAGAGCUCGGGGGUCUCACUAUUAAACAAGUGACCCCAAGUGCGAGGCCCCCAAGGGCCCCCAAGCGACGGGAGUACCUUCGCAUAGGGUCUGGUGGGGGGCCCCCCUUUGUAGAGGGGGGGGGGCCCCCUAGGGUCCUGGAGGGGGGGGGCCCCCCAGGGCCCCCGGGGGCCCCUCUAAAGGCAGCUAAAUAG